AUGGGCGAGGACAAUUAUACUAAAGCCCUUAAGAAGUUUGAUGAACUUAAUACUGAAGCCAAUCUCGAGAUUCUUCUUGAUAAUACUUACAAAUCGAAAAAAGAACUCUUGAAUUUCUUUUGGUAUAAAAAGUACAAAGAUAUAAAGAACCUGAGCGAAGUAAAUGAGUUUGAUUUUGUUGAAACUCUUUAUAAGAACUAUCAGAGAUCAAGAAGGUUUGGACAAGUUGGAGGAUUUGCAUUUUCUAUGAUGACUUGGGACACAGUUUUUAAACGAUUGAGCCCUUUGACAAAAUUAAUGAUUGGAGGGAUUAUCUGCUAUUAUGGAGGAGAAUUGAGUUUGUAUUAUCAUAUCGAUUACUAUUAUAAGCCUUUGAGUCAGAUAUUUAAUAGGAAAUAUAGACCUCAAAUAGAAAAGUAUAAUCAAAAGAAAAGAUCAUUAAUGAAAGAAAAUGAAGGUUAG